AGCCACACCCUCCAACCCCCUUAUACAACCUCCCAGCAUCCCACAGGCAGGGCUCACAGGGUCUCCACACAUUGAGAGAAAGGGCUGCCUCCUGGACAAGGAGAAAUAGGACCGAUACUGAGAGGAAGAUAAAGUACAGGAAGAAAACAGAAGGCUUGUUGCACCUUGGGUCAGCUGCUUGGUCUCGGAUUAGGAGGUGAUGCUAUUGGCUGAUGAACAGCAAUCACCAAAAUAAGAAAUGAGUUUGGGGGCCGCAUGCGUUUUUUUGCGAGGAGGGAAGAAUAUCACAAGACAGCUGGCUGAAGAUGAGAUUGAGGAGCUUCGAGAAGCCUUCAAUGAAUUUGAUAAAGACAAGGAUGGGCUGAUCAGCUGUAAGGACCUGGGGAAUCUGAUGAGGACGAUGGGCUACAUGCCCACGGAGAUGGAGCUGAUUGAGCUGAGCCAGAAUAUCAACAUGAACCUUGGUGGAAAAGUGGACUUUGAGGACUUUGUAGACCUGAUGGCACCGAAGCUUUUGGCAGAAACGUCCGGGAUGAUUGGCAUGAAGGAGCUCAAAGACGCCUUUAAAGAGUUCGAUAUGGACGGAGACGGAGAGAUCACAACAGAGGAGCUGCGGUCGGCCAUGACCAAGCUGAUGGGAGCACAUAUGAGCCAGAGAGAGAUAGACUCAAUAGUAAAAGAAGCAGAUGACAACGGAGAUGGCACAGUAGACUUUGAAGAGUUCGUCAGAAUGAUGUCCCAUGAAUGAGCAGACGAAAGAAGAAACAAUUACCUUUGCAAACAUGCGUUAAUAGCUGUGUUCCUGUAAAGCUCUUCAACAUAUUAACUUUUUACACAUAUUUAUUAAGAACAAACUCAUUUGUAAUUUGAAUAAAGUGCUGCUAAGAAAAGUGAAGUUGUUCUCAGAGAGAAUUUUACAUCUAUGCAACUAUUGAAAGUGUCUAAACAAAUGAAACUAUAUUGUUGAGGCUGAUUUUAUCUGAUUAUAAGUCAUUUUGAAUUGCAAUGUAUUGCUAAUUGAAGACUUGUAUUGUUUAUGAACUAUUCUUACAACAUUGUUAUCACUAAAGUCAUGUUAUAAUGCAAAUUUAGAUAUAAAAGUUAUCAUGUACUUAAUAAGCUAUCACUGUGUGUAACAAUUGUACAUAUCAAGUAUUUAGCCUGGACUUGUUGUAAACAUUUUGGAGUACAUUAUUCAUUUAUGGAUAAAAUCCUUGUCACAGAUAUUUUCCUGAUCUCUAAAUAAAACAUCUAAUGUAAUCUUUG